GAGAACCCAAAUACAAUGUACCUGGGAAGAGACCACCUACCUUCGAAAGUAAACUGGGAAACUUUCUCACUUACCAACCAGAGAAUUAAAAGGGCUGUUGUUCAUAUAAAUGAACUAGAUAUAUCAAAGUUCCCCUUGCUCUUAACAAGAAUUCUUUCCAAGCUUCAUUUAAAAGAUGAAAGGACAUUCUCGGAGGAGGAAGAAGAAAAACUUCAGUCCUCCCUGUCAUUGUCGGACAGCGAUUUAGAGUUAGUCAUCCAUACCCUUGAGUUCAUUCUACAUCAGGCAGCCUACCACACAGCCAAACCGGGAGUUUUAGGGCAGCAACUUCAACAGUUAGAGAUAGAGGACAAUAAGGUUAAAGUUAUCAUUGAUGCUUGGAAAAACACAGCAGCAGACGUCAUAUCAAAGCUUCGACAACGAACGAUAAUGCCCAAACAUCUGGAGGAGGUCAACUGGAGGCUGAACCUACAAAUGGCCCAGUCCAGCAAAACCAAGAUGAAGCUUCCGAAUGCCAUGUUUGAACUGGCAGUCAGGGACGAUGACUCCGAGAACAAAGAGAAAAUCCGCUUUGAGAUGACACAUGAUGAACUAUAUACAUUUUAUAACCAGCUUGAAACGAUACAAAAACAACUGGACAAUCUAGGAUAACAAGGCUCAACACAGGAGGAUCAGCAAUUCCAAACCACUAAACAUACUACAUACAUCAAGAAAACAAUGGACAAAGAAGUGAUGCAUUUCCCAUUCCAUUCUGUUGUCAGAUGUGAUGGAAUUCAUCAUUUUCAAAUGCGGAUCCAGUCAUAUCUUGAUAGGGGGGUCCUUCAGCUUUUUUCCCCAUUCAACUCAUACACCAUGUGUCAAAAGCCUUGCUGUUGUUUCGGUAUGAAACAUGCAAAAUACAAAUGCUGUUAUAUAAUCCAGAUAGGGACCAACUAUGCAAAGCUAUAACUUUUUACAUGUAAAAUUACAACAAAGAACUUCUUUGUCACAGGUCUGUGUGUUAGACCCCCAGUCGUCCCCCCCCCCCCCCCCCCCCCCCCUCUUGGAUCCACGCUUGAUUUUUUGAUUUGUGUAGAACUUCAUGGAGUUAAGAAUGACAUACUGUGUAGCACUGAAUCUUUUAUAACGAAAUGGUGAUACUCGCUAGUAUUUAAAAAUAUAUUUGUAGUUUUUGUGGA